CGGAAGUAGAGGAAGGUCCGGGCUGCUGGACACGCGUAGAGGCACCAAGAGUCCCCGGCUCGUUAUUCAUGAACGUUAAGUCUCUAGGUUUCCAGCAGCAAUGACUCAGGCGGAGAAGGAGCAGGACAGCGGGAAGGAGAAGGAGAAGGAGCGAGACAAGGAGAAGGAGAAGGAGAAGGAGCAGCAACGAGGCGUGAAAAGACCCAUCGCUCCUCCGCUCAUCCCCGACCCGCUGCAGGAGCAAAUACAGAGCAAUUUCAUAGUUGUCAUCCACCCGGGUUCAAGGACUCUCCGCAUUGGCCGAGCAACAGAUAAUCUUCCGGUGACGCUCCCCCAUGUGAUAGCCCGCAGACACAAACAAACGGGACAGCCUAGAUAUGAAGACGCCUGGCUGUUGAGAGACGGUCUAAAUAAGUCAGAGAGUAAUGAGCAGAGGCAGAAUGGGCUUAAAAUGGUGGACCAGGCCAUCUGGUCCAAGAAAAUGUCAAACGGAGUGCGGAGGACACCUGUGUCCGCUGAACAGGCCAGAGCUUAUAACUGUCAGAUCCGUCCGGCAGUACUAGACAGCAGCUCCAGGGUGAAGUGGACCAACACAGUCCACCAGCCUCCUCAUCUGGUGGGCGAGGAGGCUCUUUAUGUGAAUCCAUCUGACUGUUACAACAUCCACUGGCCAAUAGUCAGAGGUCAGCUUAAUGUGCACGCCGGUACCGGAGGCUCGCUGACCGCCGUGCUGGCCGACCUCGAGACGAUCUGGAGUCACGUUAUACAAAAGCAACUGGAGAUCCCCCUCAAAGACUUAAAGUAUUACAGAUGCAUCCUCCUGGUCCCCGACAUCUAUAACAGGCAGCACAUAAAAGAAGUUGUCAACAUGCUGCUGCUUAAUAUGGGCUUCUCAGCGAUCAUCGUGCACCAGGAGUCGGUGUGUGCUACAUUUGGCAGUGGGUUGAGCAGUGCGUGUGUCGUGGAUGUAGGAGACCAGAAGUCCAGUCUUUGCUGUGUAGAGGACGGCGUGUCCCACCGGAACUCCAGAUUGUGUUUGGCUUACGGUGGCUCAGAUGUGACCCGCACUUUCUUCUGGCUCCUGCAGAGGGCGGGCUUUCCCUACAGAGACUGUCAGCUGUCCGGCAGACUGAACUGUCAGCUACUACAGCAGCUGAAAGAGACCUUCUGCCAUCUGAACCAAGACAUAUCAGGACUACAAGAUCACGAAUUCCAGACACGUUUCCCAGAAGCCCCAGCUCUUCUGUACCAGAUUCGACUAGGAGAUGAGAAAUUACAGGCACCUAUGGGUCUCUUCUACCCGACCACAUUUGGCAUCGUAGGUCAGAAGAUGACAUCACUUCAGUACCGUUCCCAAGGAGACUCAGAGGAUCCUCAUGAUGAACAUUACCUGCUGGCUACACAGAGCAAACAGGACCAGUCCUCCAAAUCUGCUGCAGACCGGAAAGGUAUUUCCAGACCCGGUGGUGGUUUGGAUGGCGAGAUGAGCGGUCAGGGCGUUGGGGAGCUCUCUGACCAGUCCAGGGGCUGUGGGAGUGGCAGCGGUGGAGGAGGGAUGAAAGGGGAGAUGGAGUUCGGGCCUGCACAGGGGGAGUGUCUGAUGGGUGCAGGAGAGGUGGAAGAGCCCCUGUCUGCUCACCUCUCCAGGAAGACUGCCAUCAUGAGCCAGUUUGAGAGCAAAGCACUGGGCCUGGAUAAGGCCAUCUUGCACAGCAUCGACUGCUGUGCAUCAGACGAAACCAAACGCAAAAUGUACAGCUCCAUCCUGGUAGUGGGAGGAGGGCUCAUGUUUCACGGUGCUCAGGAGUUUCUGCUUCACCGCAUCAUCAACAAGAUGCCUCCCUCAUUCAGAAGGCUGGUAGACAACGUGGAAGUUAUAACGCGGCCAAAGGACAUGGACGCUCGGCUGAUAUCGUGGAAGGGGGGAGCAGUGCUGGCGUGUCUGGACACCACUCAGGAGAUGUGGAUCCACCAGAGGGAGUGGCAGCGGUUUGGUGUCCGAAUGCUCCGUGAGAGAGCUGCAUUUGUCUGGUGAAACCAAACGGAUUGUACUUGAAUCUAAUGCUGUGUCUACAUAGGAGGCGUAGCGUGAGCAGCUCGUUUAGGGCAAUGUAUCACUUUGACAAUUAUAGCACUCCUAACAACAUGUUGAACAUUGUCCCGGAUAAAGUGAUUAUUGUAUAGCUUUAAUAGUCUUUAAUAAUAUUCAGUAAAUAAUAAGUUUGGAUAUGUGUAAAUAAACCCAUCACAC